AUGAUUGAAAAUCCAAAGUUGGAACCAAUGGGCUCUGAGAAUCUGAGAGCAAACUGUGAUUUUUCUGAUCAUGUAAAUGGAUUGCAAUACACAGCCAUUAAAUCUGAUUCCUUUGUGUUAGAUAUGGAAUGUUUAGAGAAAGAUAUUAAUGCAAAUUCAAGAAUUAAAUUGCAGAGAAGCCUUUCAAGAAAAGGAACAUUUAGAGGAGUCGACAAGAAAAAUGCAGCCAACGAGAAAGAUAUUAGCGUCAUUGCAACUUCGCCAAGAGCUGCUUUAGAUGGUGGUGGUACGCCGGAAAAGCCCUUAAUUGUAGCCGUGAGCGGCGACGGAAAUUCCGUCAACUCACCAGUUCACAAUCAGAUCACUAUCAUUAACGGCAGCAUGGGAAACAAAGCCAUAGAAAGCAAAUUCGGUGGCAAGAGAUUCAGUUUUCGACGAUCUUCUCCUUCAUGGACAAUUGACCCCAGAAGGGUACUUCUCUUCUUUGCAACUCUGUCAAGCAUGGGGACAAUAUUACUGAUCUAUUGCACCUUACACGUGGGCAAGCACAAUGGGGAUUACAAUGCUCAAGAUUGA